AAGAAGCAGGGGAGGAGAGAAGCAGUGUGCAUCUGUAGUCUACAUACUAUUUGCUUUCUUUCUACUUGUUCAGAGGGAGGCAUUAACUUGCAAAGAACUACGCUGCAUGAUUCACACCUGUGCUGAGUCAAAAGCGCUCCACAGAUCUGCACUGUCAGACUCAGAAACACCAUUUCUCUGGCUUAGUACUUUACGAAAGUUUGGACAAGAGAAAAGAAGGGAAGGCGUGCCUUCAAGUGCCUGAUGGCAGUGAACUUGAUGUCUCAGUAGAGUCAGGUUGGACAGGAGGUCAUGGGGUCGGUUACGUUGGGAAAGGCUGCUUCACUUGAGCUGCUGCUGGAGGCUUGUAUUCAAGCAUUUGAUGAUGAUGGAGAGCUGAAUGACAGUCAGCUUCCUCGAACCCUUCUGCUGAUGCAUCGCUGGUAUGUGUCCUCCACCGAUCUUGCUGGGAAACUGCUGAUAAUGUAUCGCGACUGUCAGGGAGAUGACUGCCAACGGACAAGACUGAAGAUCUGUUACUUAAUGAGGUACUGGAUUGCAGAAUUUCCUGCGGAGUUUGACUUGGAUCGGGGUUUGAUCCGCCUUACAGAAGAAUUCAGAGACGCUGCCGCUCAGCUGGGUGGGGAUGAGCACAUUAAACUACUUGACAUUUCUACAAUUCCCUCGUAUGACUGGAUGCGCAAACUGACUCAGCGAAAGAAGCAGGUGAAGAAGGGGAAAGCAUCACUUCUGUUUGAUCACCUGGAACCUAUUGAACUGGCUGAACAUCUCACCUUCCUAGAGUACAAGUCAAUCAGGAGGAUAUCGUUCACAGAUUACCAGAGCUACGUGAUUCAUGGUUGUGUUGUAGAUAACCCCACAUUAGAGCGCUCCAUCGCCCUGUUUAAUGGCAUCUCUCAGUGGGUUCAACUGAUGGUGCUCAGCAAACUCACUCCUCAACACAGAGCCGAGGUCAUCAACAAAUAUAUCCAUGUUGCUCAGAAACUGCUCCACCUGCAGAACUUUAACACUCUUAUGGCUGUGGUUGGAGGUCUGAGUCACAGCUCUAUUUCCCGUCUGAAGGAAACUCAUUCUCACCUCAGCCCAGAAGUCACCAAGAUAUGGAAUGAAAUGACAGAGCUGGUUUCAUCUAACGGUAAUUACUGCGCUUACCGCAAAGCGUUUGGUGAAUGUGAAGGUUUUAAGAUCCCUAUACUGGGCGUUCACCUGAAGGACCUGAUCGCAGUGCACGUGGUCUUCCCGGACUGGGUAGAGGACGGGAAAGUUAACAUUGUGAAGAUGCAACAGCUCUAUCUCACCUUUAAUGAGCUGGUGUCUCUCCAGAGCGCCGUGUCUCAGGUGGAGCCCAAUAUGGACCUGAUUUAUCUUCUCACUCUGUCCUUGGACCUAUACUACACAGAAGACGAAAUUUAUGAGCUAUCGCUGCUCCGAGAACCCCGUAACCCCAAAUCCCAGCCCACAUCACCCACAACCCCCAACAAACCUCUGGCUCCACUGGAUUGGGCUUCUGGGGUCACCACAAAACCAGAUCCUUCUGUGGUCAACAAACAUAUCAGGAAGGUUGUGGAUUCUGUGUUUCGUAACUAUGACCACGAUCAUGAUGGAUACAUAUCUCAGGAAGAUUUCGAGAGCAUUGCUGCAAAUUUCCCAUUCUUGGAUUCCUUCUGUGUGCUUGAUAAAGAUCAGGAUGGAUUGAUUAGUAAGGAUGAAAUGAUGGCGUAUUUCCUACGUGCCAACCCCUUGCUGCAGUGUAAGAUGGGACCUGGAUUUAUUCACAACUUUCAGGAGAUGACCUACCUGAAACCAACUUUCUGUGAACAUUGUGCAGGAUUUCUGUGGGGGAUUAUCAAACAAGGAUAUAAGUGCAAAGACUGUGGGGUGAACUGUCACAAACAGUGUCGUGAGCUGCUGGUUUUAGCUUGUCGCCGUCUCCCUCGGUCCACCUCACUGGGAAGCGUGUCACCAGGAACACUCACCCAUAGCUCUUUACCCAGCAGCCCCACCCUGCCCACCUGUAAAGAUGACGAUGAGGUGUUUACGUUCCCUACUCUGUCACCGUCAUCGAGCUCUGAUCUGGAGGGAAAAUCCAUCACACUGAUGACAGGUUCAGCCCAGCGGAUCUCGGUAAGGCUGCAGAGAGCCACCACCAGUCAGGCCACGCAGACGGAACCACUGUGGCCUGAGAACGGCUGGGCGGCCGUGGCUGACGGCGGGUCACACACCUUCCCCAAGAUGAGGUACAGACCACACCGCAAACCAUCCAAGAGUAAAGGCUUUGCUCGCUGGGAGAACGACACACAGAUUUCAGGAACGAAUCGCACUCGGCGGGAGUCACAGGAGCAGAGCGAAGUGUCACAGCAGAACGGACUCACAGAACAGCACAAGGACAAAACUGGAACGUCUGAGAUCAGCUGACUUGUCCGAAAUAUGGGCCCAAGCAGGACGCCCUGGAGGCGGUCGGGAGCACGGCUGAGAAGGCUCGCCUCUUUAGGGAGUGUGCUGGGGUGCCUCAUGCCUCGAGUAGAUCGGGAAUAGCGCCACUGUUUCCACAGCCUCAUCUGCAGAAGGCUGGGAGACAACCCGCUGACUGCACUGAGAAAGAAGAGGUGUCGGACUACACAGCAUACCUGUGAUGCUGUGCCCUCUUGCAAGGAGUUGGUGAUACUGGACUGCAGUGGACAGACUGGAAACGCAGUACUUAAUGUCAGUGUCAAUAUAAGCUGAUGUGACGGAUACAUCGGUGCUUAGUGUAAUAGGUGUAUGUAAAAAGUAGAAAGAAUGUAGGACAGAAAGGAAUUUUGUACAGAGACACUGGAAAAGUUAUUAUUUAAGGUGUCGACAAAUGUGUAUUCAUAACACUACAAGAGAGGAGGACAUUUUAAUAUAAUUUAAAAGUUGUUUUAGGUGGCACAGGCAUGUGGUGAUUUAGAAAGAUUAUCCUAUCUAUGAUUAAGGUAAAUAAAACACUAACUUUAUGCGUUUGCCCAGCAACGUGUUAUGAUCUAAAGUAAAAGGUACGUAGACAACGAUUAAAGAGUUACCACAGAAGACCAGUUACCCCAGAUAUAAUGCUAUAUAAAGUUCAUCUUAAAUCUUUCUUUUUAUUUGUUUCUUACAUGAUUUGCAACAAAGUUGAUGUGAACUGUAUUCUGAUCCUGGGUGCAAGAUGGUUAAAGUAUAAAGUAUAGCCUCUCACCUUGUACAUCAUUACAUCAAUGUUGCUUAGCAACACUAGCAAUGUAAAGAUGACAUGGACUUCAUACAUCCAUAAAUUCAGAAAAAAAGACUACUGACCCAGGUGUGCUGUCGGCCAGGUGUUUGCAUGGCCUCUGUUGCUAAGCGCACAGUGAUUGAGUUGGGCGGCUAGUCUGUUGCUACGGCAACUUGCAGACUUUAGCGUCCUUCAUCGACAUAUGUUCUAAAAUGAGGUUUACACUCAGGUGCCCUGUUAAGACAGACGACCUGAGGGACAUUUUUGUUCCAAAAAAGGUUCAGACAUUUUUGUGUGAGAGUCAGUAGCCAUACAUCCCAUAGGAUUCAAAGCUCCUCUACACCACUAUUGUGGAUUUAAAGUGACAGUUCACACACAAAAAAAAAAAUUCUGACAAUUUUUUCACCCUCAUGUUGAUCUAAACCUGUGGGUUUCUUUUUCUGUUCAAGCACACAAUUGACGAUAUCCUUUGACUUCAAUAUUUGUUUUUCCUAAUAUGGAAGCCAAUGUGUAUUGUCCACUGCGUGGUUAAGUUAACAUCAUCUAUUAAAAUAUAUUCUUUUGGGUUCAACAGAAAGAUAACUCAAACAGGUUUAAAACAAAAGGAUGUCAAGAGUUUUCUUUUUUUGGUGAACUAUCCCUUUAAGUGCAGAUGUGAUGGUCACAAUUCCACUCAUGCAAUCAUGAAUAUUAUAUGGUUUUGGUCGAGUCUCACUGACCCAUGAUAAAAAUCCCAUGAGAAGCCUGUGAAAGCCCUUGAGAAUGUCCUGUUCAUAUAUCAUAUGAACCUUUUGUUAAUUUAUAAAUGCAUAGCAAUUGUUGUCAUUGUCAUUCUCCACAGAGCAUUAUUCUGAUUUUGUGCUAAUGUCAUCUCUGUUGUCAUAGUAUAGUUGAAGUAUUUAUCUAUAAACGCACUGUGACUAUACUGUGACUGUUUAUCUUCUAUUGAAAGGUGAGUACUACUGAUAGUGUUUUACAUCUCAUUGACUAAAUCAUGGACUGCACAUUAUUUGGUUUUUGAUGAGCAGCAUAGCAACAGAAUUGAAUGUACAAACAUUACUGAGCCAGCCAGAGUGGAUCAAUUGAUUUUUGGAGAUAUGGCCAAUAACUGCUGUAAAAUGAUCAACCUUGUCAUUACUAGUAAUAUAAAUGUUUCUGGUCAUGUUUAUGGUGUAUAUCAUGUCUAUUUAAGGCGUGCAUUUAGUGUAUUAUGAAAAUUUAUUUUAAUUAUAAAUACACAGAGACGUGAUUUUUGCAGUACUAAAAUCUCUGAUACAGCCCUACUGUGGGCAGUAUAAUUCAUGGUUGUAAAGGUUCGCACUGUAAAGUUAUCUGUGCAGCGUGUAGUGGCUGGUUGCAUACAUUUCUUAGACUAGUCUUAAAAGUUAAGACAUUUAUUUUUUACUUUAAAACGGAUCAUAACUGUUUUAAGUCUGUUACGUUACACUUUACAAUAAGGUCUUAUUUGUUAAGAUUAGCUAAUGUAUUAACUAACAUAAACUAACCAUGAGAAAUACGUGUUAAUGUAUUUCUUCAUCUUUGUUAACGUUAGCUCAUACAGCUGUUCAUGGUUUGUUCAUAUAAGUUCACAGUGCAUUAACUAAUGUUAACAAGAUUUGAGCAAUGUAUUAGUAAAUGUUUAAAUUAACUUUAACAAAGAUAAAAAAUGCUUUAUAAAUGCAGUUCAUUAGAUAACAUUAGUUAACUACAUUAGUUAACAUAAACUAAUAAUGAACCUUAUUGUAAAGUGUUACCAUAUGUUACAAAAAAGGUACAUUGGUCUAAUUUAAAUCCAAAUAGUAAGAAUGAUAAGCCCUAGUUGGUCAGACUAGUUUUUAAGACAGUCUUAACUAAGCGGCUAGGUUUAUGCAACCGGCCACAGGUCAUCACACAAGUCUCAGGAGUCCCAGUGAAUAUAAGCUUGACCCACAAAACUGAAAACUUUGGACUGGAUCACAUUUUAUGUAGUAAAAUAAGUCUGACAGACAUGUAUUAAAGGAUUAAAAGUAUUUAAUUUACAGUGUAUUUUUGUGGAAAAGCUGCAUUUAGACUUUAAAAAUCCAAUUUAACUGUAAUGAUAUCAAUAAUGUAUGAGGAAUCUUUUUUGUGUAAAAAUGUACCAUCAUUUCUUCAUUGCACUCUUUUAUUUGCUACUAACUAUAGAUCACUACUAACCCUCAGCAUAGCUUUUCAAAACAUUCAUUGUAAAAACAAUAUCUAAAAUAAAAGUGUGUGUAACGUU